UAGCUUGGUGCAGAGGGACAUCCAUAUCCUGAACGUGUGGGUGAGACAUAAUAGCACUGGUGGACCUCAAGGGGAGCCAACCUGUGGGAGCCAACCUGUGUGAUUUCAGAGCAGGGCAGGAUCUGAAAGGCAGAUGGCGCUUCUUCCAGCUAAUAAAGCUCUCAUUUCCACAGGAAUGAAGGAAUUUAAUGCUCUGCUGAAUCAGCAGGUCUUCAGUGAGCCUCCUAUCUCUGAAGAAGACAUGUUGACUGUGGUGAAUGACUGGGUGAAAUUCUACAUCGACUAUUAUAGGCAGCAGAUGAUGGGAGAGCAGCAAGAGCAGGACAGGGCUCUGGAGGAACUUCAGAAAGAGCUGAAUACUCUGGCCAUCCCCUUCCUGGACAAGUAUAAGGCCUUCCUGAGGUCCUUGUGAGCACCAAGUCACCCACCGCUUUUCCCCUGGCCUGGGGACCAAGGCCGGCACCUCUAGGAAACCCGCCUCUGUACCCUUCAAGUCCUCAGGCUCAGCUCCUUGGUGUUGCUCUAUCUUGACGCCUCAAUAAAGACCAACACUGGCUUUGCUGGUCUUCCUGGCUCUC